AUGGAUGUGGCGCAACGCGUCUACCUCAUUUCGGCCCAAGGAAAAGCCUUGCAAUGGCAGCGGUCUAUAGCCACACUCGGCGAUUGCCGGGACCCCGUCGCGAUUGGAGCUGCCAUAGGCGCCUGCGGCCGCAGCGGCCAAUGGGGCAUGGCACUUCAGUUACUUCGCCUGGCGCCAGCAGAAGCGCCGGCCUACGGAGGUGCCAUCAACGCAUGCCGCAAGGCUGGGCACUGGCGGGUGGCCAUCGCGCUUUUGGAGGAGAUGGCAACAAAAGAAGUGCAAGCCAAUGUCAUCGCGUACAGCGCAGCCAUGAGCAGUUGUGGGGCUCAGUGGACCGUGGCCUUGACCCUCCUAGAUGUGGUGACCCGCGACCUUCAAGUGGAUGUAAUCACCUACAGCUCUGCGAUCAGCUCCUGUGAAAAGGCCCAGCAGUGGCAGCGAGCCCUCUCACUACUGGAGGAGAUGGAGCGCUGUGAGCUGAUCCCAAAUGUCAUCUCUCGCAAUGCAGCCAUGGCCGCCUGCGCAGGGGCUGGCCAGUGGCUUAUGUCCUUGGUGCUGUUGGACGGAGACACAGAUGCGGUGUCCUUCGAAACCGCGGUGAACGCCUGCGGCAAGGCUUCCCAAUGGGAGCGAAGCCUGAUGCUGCUGGACGAGAUGCAGGCGAGGCACCUCCGCCGGAGCCUGCUGGCCUUUGGCGCGGCAGUCAGCGGCUGCGAGGAGGUGUGGGAGCAAGCCCUGAGUGUGCUGCAGCAGAUGCCGCUCGUGCAGCUGAAGCCGAACCUGGUCAUCUACAGCGCGGCGAUCACGGCGUGCGGCGGCUUUCAGUGGCAGCGUGCACUGGUGCUCUUCGAGGAGAUGCAGCGAAACAAAGUGGCCGUCAACGUGGUGGCCUACAGCGCAGCCAUCAGCGCCUGCAACGGCCAGAGCUGGCGGCUGACCUUGGACUUCCUGGAGAAGAUGCAGCAGCAAGCAGUUCAGCCCAACACUGUCACCCUGAGCGCUGCAUUGAGCUCCCUCGGCCAUGAAGGCAACUGGGAACUGGCGCUGGAGCUACUGGCAGAAUUCAGGAGUGGUCAAGUGGCAGCCAACACACAUGCCUUCAAUGCUGCCAUCACCGCUUGUGGCCAGGGCAAGCAAUGGCACCUUGCCCUGGCUCUGCUGGAGGAGAUGCAAGACGCAUCGCUGGAGCAAGAUGUUAUCACGGCUAGCGCCGCCAUGAAUGCCUGCGAGGAGGGUCUCCAGUGGCAGAGGGCCCUGGCACUCCUCUCCGAAUUGCUGGCCUCUGAAUUGGCUUUGGAUCUGCCAUGCCUCAAUGCAGCCCUCAACGCCUGCAAGAAGGAGGCCAAGUGGCAGGAGGCCCUGCACAUAAUGGUGUCUAUGAAGGAGUUUUCUGUCCAAUGUGACCAAAGCACAUUGGGAGCCGUUGCUAGCAGCCUGGAGCGCGCUGGGCGCUGGCAACAGCUGCUGCAGCUCCUGGAGGACUACAGAGAAGAGCCCGGCGUUGUUGCUCUCCGCUCUGCCAUUCUCGCUUGCAGUCGAGGGAGCAGCUGGCAAGGCGCUUUGUCCAUUCUUUGCGAUCUUUUGGCAGAGCACCUGGACCCAGGCGCUGCUCCAUCAGACGGCAUGGAGCUCGGACGCCAGCCACAUUGGCCGCGGACUGGCACAUCUCAAACGGAGAAGAUGGGAGAUGAUCUGGAGAGACUGAAGAGGAGGCAGCUUCUGGCGGCCAUGGGACCGAUGGCAUCACAGCCCUGGGCCGCCGGCUGGCCUGGCAGCGCGCGCUUGCCCUGGUCCUGGAAGUUCCGCAAGGCGCCGGCGACACAUUUGGCGGAGAUCAGCAUGUGUCAGAUGCAGCAGCCGGAUGUGCGAGUGGGUGGCCUGCGGGACGUGGCUUUGGUCAACGCCGGCGCCAGCGCGUUGGCCCGCGCUUCGCGAUUGCAGCAGGCGCGGUGCAGGAACGGCAGAAGGGUUGCUCUAGUCAUCAGCCAGACUCUGCGCCUGGAUACCGUCAGCUUCAACUGCGGCAGCGGCGCCUGUGUGAGGUCGCAAGACUGGCGCCGCGCGCUGCGGCUGCAGCUUCUGGCACGUCAAUCUGCGGUGGCGCCUGACUUGGCCCUCGGCUCAGUCUCCAAGAAUUUGGCCAUCAGUGCCUACGGCCUUGUGGGGGUCUCAGAUGUUCGCCCGGCUUUUGAUGCCCAGAGAACCCCGGCACUGCUGACAGUGGCAGAUUGGCAGUGUGCGCUGCAGAACUUCGGCAUCGAGCCAUCAGCACCUUUGCGUAGCAUUGAUUACAGGCAUAGCUUUGUGCCCACCGUGAGCUCUGGCAACUCAGCUCUGAAGGCUUGUGCGCAUGAGCUGAAGUGGCGCAUUGCGACCCGGCAGCUGCAGCACUUCCCGAGCAGCUGGUCUCAGCGGCGGUGUGAUGAACAGCAGCUGGCAGUUUGA